GUCAAUAUCCGUCCUAUCUUGAUCCUGAGUAGACUGAGAUUCGGACUCCCCUUGUCAGAGUAUUUGCAGUGGAGCAUGCUCGAUCAGUGUUCCUAUAACCUGCAUCAUGUCGACUGAUCGUACCCCCAAGUAUCGGCAGGAGAUCCAGCAGAUGAUGUUCGUCUCUGGUGAGACUGCCGAACCGUCCGUUGAAACCACGACUCUCAUUGAGGAUAUUGUGCGCCAGCAAGUUGUCGAAAUUCUCGCAAGAAGCACUGCCCUAGCGACUCGUCGCGGCGUGCGAUCUAUCUCUACCGAUGACUUGAUCUUUCUCAUUCGCCAUGACAAGGCCAAGGUGUCGCGUCUCAAGACGUUCCUGUCCUGGAAGGAUGUCCGCAAAAACGUCAAAGACUCCGACGACAAAGGCGGCGCUGAUGCAGCAGACUUCGCAGGAGCUGAUGACCCCAUUGCCGGCGGAGUCGUCGCAGGACCGCAGGAUGUUGCGUCAAAGCCCAAGAAUAAGCGUGCUCGCGUUGGUCUCGCCUGGGACGUGAACAGCUUCUACUCGGUGCAGGUUCCCGAACGCGAGGACGAAGAAGAUGAGGAAGAGGAGGAGCAGAACUACGCUACGCUCCAGCGCCUCGCCGCGGCCGACGAACGUACCAAGAAUAUGACCAAGGAAGAGUAUGUGUUCUGGUCAGAAUGUCGCCAGGCUUCGUUCACAUACCGCAAGAGUAAACGGUUCCGCGAGUGGGCUGGGUUCGGCAUUGUGACUGAGUCCAAGCCCAACGACGAUAUCGUUGAUAUUCUUGGUUUCUUGACGUUCGAAAUCGUGCAGACUCUGACCGAGGAAGCACUCAAGGUCAAGGAGCGGGAAGACCGCGAGAAGAACCGUCGUGGGGGUGGUGAGAACGGCGAGAGCAGUAAGAAGCGUACACGCGAGACUGGAUUGUUCGAUCCCCCUGAGGAGGGUCGUACCCCGGUUGAGACCAGACAUAUUCGCGAAGCGUAUCGGAAGCUGCAGGCGACUCCUAAUAAGAACAUUGCCAUGCUGCUGCACAAUGGACGCCUGCCGGCUAAGAUGCCAUUGCGAUUGAUUUGAGGAAUUAUUGGCGUUAGCGAUGGCGUGGGCGUCACUUUAACGAUACCCUUGGAGUUACGAUAACAUGAUUUCUUAUUCUUCGGUGCUCUUGGUUGAACUUGGUUGGUUCUAUUGAUAAUCAGGUUGAUGGACUGGUCCUUUGGAAUUGACUGGUCCGGAUUGAUCUUUUGGAGCUUUGGGAAUCAUGUUAAUGGAUGGGAUGUUUCUUUUGUUUCUCUUUUGUCAGGUGUUACUUGAUUGAACAUCUUGUAUGAACAUCUUGUAACACUAGUUGUUUACCUUCGUCUCGUUCGACCGGUCUACUCGAUUGAACUUGUUAGUUCAGCCUGGCGCUGUUUCCAUACUCGUUCUCUUGUUGACUGGUCCUACUUGACUGAAC